AUGUUCUACUCCCUGAACAGGAUCAUGUCCCCUGCUCCAGCAGAUGCGUUGGGCUACAAACCCCUGGAUGGCGGUUGGGGCUGGAUGGUGGUGUUCGGGGCCCACAUUUCCAUUGGAUUUGCUUACUCAACACCCAAAGCCCUUUCCAUUUUCUUCAAGGAUAUCCAAGAGGACUUAGGGGCCAGCUCCAGCGAAAUAGCGUGGAUUUCCUCCAUCAUGCUGGCUGUAAUGUAUGCAGGCGGACCGGUGAGCAGUAUGCUGGUCACUCGCUUUGGAAGCCGACCAGUCGUCAUAACGGGCGGUUUGAUGUGUGGAGUUUCUAUGACAACCGCAUCUUUUGGGAGCUCCAUCGUUUAUCUCUACUUUUGCAUUGGUAUCAUCGGAGGUUGUGGACUCUCCUUAAACUUGAAUGCAUCCCUUACCAUUAUCAGUAAAUAUUUUCUAGCCAAACGUCCUCUCGCCAAUGGACUGGCCAUGGCUGGGAGUCCAGUGUUUCUUUGUUUCCUGGCCCCAGUUAACCAAUAUCUACUGGGCCAAUUUGGCUGGAGAGGAAGUCUGCUUAUCCUCGGGGGCAUGAUGCUCAACUGUUGUGUUGCUGGGGCCCUGAUGAGGCCUGUCACUCCACUUUGUAGACCGUCCUCUUGUGCACCACCGAAGAAAGUGGAACAACCAGAUAAGCAGAACACAAAGAUAAAACGAAGCUUUGUGAAGAACUUAAAGACGUUUUUGGAUAUUUCCUUUUUCAAGGAUAGAGGAUUCGUGAUUUACCUCAUAGGAAACGUGAUGUUCAUCUUUGGUGCCUAUGCGCCCAUUGUGUUCCUCUCGGCGUAUGCCAUUAACCAAGGCGUAGAGAAGUACUCCGCCGCCUAUCUCCUCUCUAUUAUGGGCUUUGUUGACAUGUUUGUUCGUCCUGGAACCGGCUUGAUAGCCAACAGCAAGUGGAUCAGGCCCAGAAUCCAGUACUUCUUCAGCUUUGCCAUGGUUUUCCAGGGUACGUGCCACUUACUGUGCCCUCUGAUUAAGAGCUACGCCUUCCUGGUGGUCUACGCAGUGUUUUUCGGCAUAGGCUUUGGCAUGGUUUUCGCCCUGAUAUUCGAAUGCCUCAUGGACCUGAUGGGAAACGAACGCUUCCCCAGUGCUGUUGGACUGGUCACCAUUAUAGAGUGCGUCCCCAUGCUCCUGGGACCACCUGCUGCAGGGUCACUCGUGGACAAGUUCGGUGACUACAAGUACCUUUUCUUCAUGUGCGGCUCGGUGAUCGUGACUGGCGGCCUCUUUCUCUUCGUCAUGAACGUCUACAACUACCGCAUGCUGGCUAAAGAGAAGAGAGCGAAAAACAGGGAGCGGAACCAAAGUACCGCAGAGAACCAGGACCAGGGGAACGUCUCGGAGGCGGAAAUGGAGCAAACUGAGAUGAACGGAGCCCAGCAGGACGUGGAGAACGCAGAAACACCGAUUGAAAUGUGAUUCCUCUCUUUAGCGGGAACGUACUUGUAGGUGUUUGUGGAUGGUAACGCAGCGGACUUGUAGCUUACUUAGAGUCAUUUUAAUUCAGUGUUUUUUCUCCCUUUCGGUUAGCAGUCUUUAGUAUUUGAUUAAAGGUAGAGUCAGCAAUACUAAUCCUGCAUGUCCUGUUCAAGCUCAUGCACAGGAAAAUAGGAAAAGGAAGGUGAGAUGGAAGGAGAUGAAAAGUCUGGCCAUGCCAUUUUAACAGACUAAGUAGGUUAAAUAUCAACAAUCUUUAUUCAGAAUUGUAGACUGCACCUUUAAUUUUCAAACCGUCUAACCAGCAAGACACACGCUGCAGCCUGGGAGCCGUUUUGCCAGGUUGUACAGCUAUGAUUUGAGCGAACUGCUAAUCUCUUGUUAACAUGCUCACAAUAACAAUUGUAAACAUGCAGAUUUUUAAUAAUUUUACUGUAUUCACCUUAUUUAAAGAUGCUCACAUUUACUAAUCAGUAGCAAAUAUGAAAUACAGCUGAGGCUGGUGGACAUUUCAAGUAGAACAAAUCAAAGUUUUGACCUGCUGAUGGUGAUGAUGGACAGUUAAAGAAAAUGUGAGGUCAUAAAUUUGGCUUAGUUAUACGUUUAAAAAGUUAAGCUGUCUUUUGUGUGCAUUUGUUUACGCUGCUUAGGAAGGAAUUGUUACAGUUGGCUAAGCUGCUGGUGAAAAAUGUGAAGAUGUCAAGACGUUUCAGUAGAUGAAAGGUCAAUGGAUCACCAAAGUCAGUCGAAGUUAUACUUUGGGGAAAGUGAAUGCCAGAUUUAUUUUUAUUUUAUUUUAUUUUAUUUUAUUUUAUUUUAUUGUGAUCCAUCCAAUAGUUGUUGAGAUAUUCAACUCUGGACCAAAGUGGUACACGGAGGCUAACUAUCGUUUCUCAAACCAAAAAAAAUGUGAAACGUUUGCAGGUUCCAGCUUCUCAGGUAUGCUUUUUUUUUGUUUGAUGAUGAUUCAUCCUUUGGUUUUGGGCAGCAAAACAAGCAAUAUCAAACAGCAACAUUCUUUCAACAUUCUGAAGCAAAUUCUGAUCAGCAUUUUUCUUCAUUUUUUGUCUUUAUGUCCUAAAUGAAUACUUCAUUAAUUAAAACAAACCGGCUACUCUGUAGCUGCCACCCUCCUUCACUCAUUCAACCAUCCACUCAGUAAGUCUGUCUGUCUGCCCUUUACUCUUCAGUACUGCUGAACAGUGUGUGUUGCUUUAUAUGUAUGAUCGGAUGUAUUUUCAUGUUUGUUUGCACUGCGUUACUGUGAACAACUGCGCUUGUCUUUCUUGGGAUGUGUCGGCACAAUUACAGCCAAUCCUGAAAGGUGCACAGUGUCAGUGGACGAGAGUGAAUGUUUGCAGAGUAACUUCUUUGUUUCAUGUGAUCAUGAACAAACUACAUCUGCUGUUCUGUUUUUGUUUGUUUUUUCUUUUUUUGUGUGUGAUUUCUACCCCUCCUGGACACAUUUAAACAGUCUAUGGAAGCAUUACUGGUAAUGUGAUGAAGCUCAGGGGACUGUCUGGGGAUAUUUUGCACUUGCAGUGUUUACAUUAAAAACUGGCAAUAGUUCUGAAAUACUGCAUCUGCAAGAACAAAAAUGUAUUUCACGUUAAUUCACUGUGAAUGAGGCCUGUAGUGUAGAAACAGGAACAAAGCCUGUUACUGAUGAUGGAUACUGACUCGUGACCAAGCUGUAAUCCACAGCCACUAAUACUGUCCUUGUAAACUUUUGUCAGUAUUUAUUAAAUUUGAACUUUCGUGUUAAAACACAUACAAACCGCUGCGUGUUCCGCAGUAACGUAAUCAUUUUGUGUUGACAUUUAGCAAUGACAUUUGUUAUUUGGACAAGAAUGGAUUCGUUUGCACUGUUGAUUGAUUUGUUGCUGCGUGUAUUUGCUCAUGUGAGUGGUGGGACUGAGCAGUAAAAAAAAAAGUGUAUUACAAACAAUCCAAAGUGUCGCUUAGAAUUAUAUUUGAAGGAAAAGGCAGCUUUUUGGAUUCAGUGUUCUAGAGAACUCUACGACCACUGAGGUUAUUGAUAACCCAAUUGUUAUCCAUAAUAAAACCCACAUAAUUUCCAUGUU